AUGAUGAACCGCCAUCAGGAUUCUUUCAAUUCUCUUGAUUUACCAGGCAACCCACUCAUUGUCCCAAUUCCAUGCCUGGCCCAUGUCAUUCAACUCAGUCUUCGUGCACUACUUGGCUUCGUAAAGGCAGACCCUCAGAAUAAUACAACUGAUAGAGCGUGGUCUGAAGUGCAGGCUCAAUCACUUCGUACAACUAAAAUCCGUGGACUUGCAGUAUUUAUCAAUGCUAGCCCUCAGCGCCGUGAUGCAAUCCUUGGUCUCCAAGAUAUAGAGCCAAAGCUUGAUCCAAUCCAAGAUGUGUGA